ACAAGAUUAUGGGAUCUUCAAGAAGUAAAAAAGGGAUCAUACAAAUCUUCUUCCACUUUCUCUCUCCUAAUCCUUUUGGUUCUCUUUCUAAAACAUUACAUUAGCAGGGCCUUAUAAAAGGCAAUUCAGCCUAAUUAAGCCUCAAGUCUCUCAUCUUUAUAGUAAUUUACAUGAUGAAGCAUGAUUAAGGAGGACUUCCACGGUUACAAGUUAUCACACUCUUUAAUCAAUCCGACUUUCUCUCUCUAAAUUGGGAAUCUGGUAAAGGGGGAUGUUUGGGGUAGUGUGCUUAUAAGGGUAGGUUGUUGUAGUGUGUGUCGUAGUCUCAUAGACCCAGAGGAAAAAAAGAGAGAGUAAUAUCCAUCUUUUUCUUUUUAGGAGGAGGUCAGCACCAGCACGCUUUGCUUGCUGAACCAAACAACAACAUAUAUGUUUUGGUUGCGUGCUUUAUCCUCUAAUAUCUUUCCUGUUUUGGUGUCCUCUGAGCUAAGGAAUCUGUCUUCUUCUUUACUCUCUUUUCUCUCUCUCUCUCUAUCCUUUUCCUUCGAUCUUGGCUAAUUGACUAAUUGUUAUAUGUGUUUGGCUUUCAAAUUUGGAGAGUUUCUCUUGGGUUUUUUCUGAAACAAGGUUAAUUUGUGGAGUUUUUUUUUCCCUUGUAAUGCUUUUGAGGAUUCCAUUCCUGUCUAGCAUCUGGGGUGUUUGAUUUUGGGUCAAAGCAGAUUUGACCUUUGCCUUUUUUUUUUUUUUGAUGGUUUGAAGAUGUGGGUGUUCAUAGUUUUGAGCUUUGGUUGAUUAAGGAACAAGUACUCAAGUUUUUGUUUAUUCACAUUGAGGUUUCUUGCUAAUUCUGGUGUCAAACUAGGUGAAAGAAUGGAGGGAUGUUCGAGAAAGGAUGCGGAGCACUGUCCUCAGUUGCUAGAUUUGAUACAUAAAGACAGAGAAUGGCUUAUGCAAAGAGAUGAAGAAAGAAGCCAUGGAUCUUCAGAGGAGAAAAAGCUUGAGUUAAGGCUUGGUCCACCAGUUGAAGACUGGAAAAUCGACUCUACAGAGAGACACGAGCCUCUUCUGUCUCUUGGGUACUUCUCUAACAACAGCACCAACACUUCAGGUUCAAAGAGAGGGUUUAUGGACACAGUUGACAGGAACAGGAAGUCUAUGGAGGAUUCUUGGCUCAUGACAACAAAUAGAAGCCAAACCCAAAAGUUUUCUCCUCCAGAAAACCCAGUUGGGACUGUCUUAUCAUCUCCAUGGUCAUCUUCAUCAACCCCACAAAGCUUGGCUGUUAUGGCAAAGGAAUCUUCACAGCCAUGUUGCAGUACUAAAGUGGUAGACUUGCAGAAUGCAGAAAAGAAGACAUUUUCACCACCUUCUCCAAAAACAGCUGUCCCAAACAGUUCCCAGAAAAGAAAUGCUCCUGCUCCAGUUGUGGGUUGGCCUCCAAUUCGUUCAUUUAGGAAGAACCUUGCAAGUAGCAGCUCUUCAAAACCGCCCCCCGAGUCACAAAAUGUGGUCCUGAACAAGGUUGCUUGUGAAAAAGCCAAGGAAAGUUGCCGAAAAGGAUUGUUUGUGAAGAUCAAUAUGGAUGGAAUCCCCAUAGGAAGGAAAGUGGAUCUCAAUGCCUAUGACAGCUAUGAAAAAUUAUCUUCUGCUGUUGAUGAACUCUUCAGAGACCUUCUUGCAGCUCAAAGAGAACCCUCUGCUGAUGGAAUUCAGAUUAAGGAGGGAGAGAAAACGAUUACCGGCUUGUUAGAUGGAAGUGGGGAAUAUACCCUUGUAUAUGAGGAUAAUGAAGGAGACAGGAUGCUUGUUGGGGAUGUCCCAUGGCACAUAUUUGUAUCUACAGUGAAGAGGCUGCGCGUGUCAAAAAGCUCUGAACUUCGCACACUGUGCUUUGGCAGUAAGCAACAAAAGAUCACCCCUGAUGCUGCACUUAAAUGAAGAAAAAGCAAAGAAUCUUCCCUUAGAUUUGGAGGAGACUUGAGAGAUAUUUUAGGACACAAAAGGUCAUUUGUAGUUCGCAACCCCAGUUUCAUGUUGUAUCGGCAUAUAGAUGGACUUGUUUUUCCUUCAAUUUUCCCAUGUUUUUGGCUUCUAUUGGAUCAUGUAGCAAGAAGAGAAAAGCUACAUAGACAUAUGGUUGUACAUUGUUUCUAAGAACACUAUGGUUGUGACUUGUGGCUAAAACCACGUGUGUGUAUAUAUAUAGGCUGUUAAAUAUACCUGUGGCUUGGACGAAAACCUAUGGGUUUACUAAACUCAUAUUUUGAAAUUAAACGAGGUUACCUACUGCUUCCUGGUC